CAAAUGUGCGCUCUCCAGCAAGUCGUGGGGACAAAGAAGAAAUACUUCAGCACUUGCCGUAAUUGGUACCAAGGGUCCAUCUGUGGAAAGAAAGCGACCGUGCUAUAUGAGUGUUGCCCAGGUUACAUGAAGCUGGGUGACAUGCGUGGCUGUCCUGCAGUUGCUCCCAUUGACAACGUUUAUGGCACCCUCGGCCUGGUCAAAGCCACAACAACCCAGGAUUACUCUGAUAUGUCCAAGCUACGGCAAGAGAUUGAAGGCGCCGGGUCAUACACUUUCUUCGCCCCCAGUAAUGACGCCUGGGAUCUUCUCAAUCCGGAGGUGAGGAAUGCUCUGGUGAGCAAUGUUAAUAUUGAGCUGUACAAUGCUCUGCACUACCACAUGGUCAACAAACGUCUCCUCACCAAAGAUCUCAAAAACGGAAUGACCGCCACCUCCAUGUACAACGACUUGAACCUGCUCAUCAAUCAUUACUCCAACGGAGUUGUCACAGUGAACUGUGCCAGGAUCAUUCACGGCAACCAGGUGGCUACCAACGGAGUGGUCCACGUCAUUGACCGCGUCAUCACGGCUGUUGGAAACACCAUUCAGGAUGUGAUCGAAGUGGACGAUGACCUGAGUACUUUGAACACUGUGGCCACCGCAUCUGGUUUGAUUGAUAAGCUGGGUCAACCAGGACACUUCACCCUGUUUGCCCCAACCAAUGAUGCUUUCGACAAGCUGGAUAGAGAUGUUCUGGACAGGCUUAUGGAAGACAAGAAUUCCCUCCAAGCUCUCCUCAACUACCAUCUGUUGAACUCUGUUCAGUGCUCCGAGGCCAUCAUGGCCGGCACGUCUCACGAGACCCUGGAGGGCAGCAAUAUUGAGAUCGGCUGCGAUGGAGACAGUCUCACAGUCAACGGCAUCAAGAUGGUACUCAGGAAGGACAUCGUCACCACCAAUGGAGUCAUCCACCUCAUCGAUCAAGUCCUCAUGCCUGACUCUGCUAAACAGGUUAUGGAGUUGGUUGGACAAUCUCAGGGCACCUUCAGUGACAUGUUGACAGAGAUGGGCUUGUCUGCAGCUAUGAGACCCCAGGCUGAGUACACGCUCUUGGCCCCACUUAACACAGCUUUCAACGACGAAGUGAUGUCCAUGGACCAGAGCUUCCUGAAGAUCAUUCUGCAAAACCACAUCUUGAAGAACAAGAUUGUGUUGAGUCAGCUGUACAACGGUCAGCGCCUGGAAACACUCGCAGGGAAAUUUCUCAGAGUCUUCGUCUACCGCAUGGCUGUCUGCAUUGAGAACGCCUGCUUGAUCCGUGGAAGCAAAGAGGGAAGCAACGGUGCCCUCCAUCUCAUGAAGACCCUGAUUUCGCCAGCAGAGUCCACCAUGUACCAACUUCUGGUGGACGACGGAACCUUCAAGAUCUUUUUGUCCCUGAUGGAGGCAGCUGGUCUGACUGAUGUGCUCAAACAGGAAGGAGAUUUCACACUUUUUGCUCCCACCGAUGAGGCUUUUGCUGGGCUCAGCGAGAGAGACUUGUCUCUUUUGAAGAGUGACAAGAAUGCCCUCAAAGCCAUCCUGUUGUAUCACUUCAGUAAUGGUAUCUUCAUUGGUGGAGGCUUGGAGACUGGAGUCACUAACCUUCUGAAAACCCUCCAGGGCAGCAAUUUGAAGGUGUUGUAUGCAAAUGACAGCAUGCUGGUCAACACUGUGAAAGUUCCUAAGUCUGAUCUAAUGGCCUCAAAUGGAGUAAUUCACAUCGUCAGAACUCUUCUGUACCCUGAGGAUAUGCCGGUUGGGAGCCAGGACCUCCUUUCACUCCUGAGAAGGAUCAUCCGAUACAUCCAGAUUAAGUUUGUCUCUGGAUACAGAUAUCAGGAGAUCCCUCUGACAUUUAUUAAAAGAGUCAUCACAGUCCAUAGAGAGCCCACCGUCACCAAGGUGACACGGGUUAUUGAGGGUGAACCGAGAGUUACAAAGGUUACCCGCGUGAUUGAGGGUCAACCCACUGUCACUAAGGUCACAAGAGUCAUCGAAGGGGAACCAUCUGUUAACAAAGUUACCAGAGUCAUUGAAGGUUAUGGCGAGGAUGCUGACGGCAUCACUAAAUUAAUUCAAGAGGGAAGAGUGUCUGGAAGAAGACCAGCCCCCCGGAGGAGAACCUAGAUCAAGACCAGCCACAGUGAGCACAAGUACAAAACAAGACCUGAAGAGUAUAGCAUAUACUUCCUUCAUUUACUUGCGCAAUGGUCCAGAACCUACCAGGAUGGAGUUGAGUUUAAGGCGAAAGAAAAACUCCAUAUUGAUCAUUCCUGUUGCCCCAAAGAUAAUAGAUGAUUUUGUUCAAGUACAUUUGGUCCAAACAGGGAUAUGAAAUUCUCCAUAUGUGUAUGUAAAUAUUUUAAGCUUCUCUCUUUUUUUGUUGUAAAGUGUGGUUUGAAAAAUCACAGUGAUCAGAUGUGACGUGAUACUUGAGAUCUGUUUUGUGUCACAACGAUUCAGAAACAUUACAACCAUGCAUUACGUGUGGAGUACCGGCAUCCAAACAAAAAAAACAAAAUGGAAGCGUUCAUAAGAAAUACAUGGUGUAGGGAAGAGCUGCCUUAAACCACUAAUAUGAAUUUAUUUUUCUGGGGUACGGUUUUCCGUUGCAUUUACAAUGAUUUUAUGGUGCUCAUGUUUAGAUGGUGUAAAAUCUAAAAUAAAGAUAGAAAUUGUUGCAUUGUUUUGCUACAAAAUCUCAGAUCUUUUUUGUUUCUUUUCCGGUGGAAUAGAGGUUUGUUUGUUCUUCUUUAGUGUUUUGUGUGUGUAUGUGUGUCCAUUUGCAUAAACCGUGCACAGAUGUGCUGAACAAUGCAUGCUUUGAAAACUCAAAGCUAUAUCUCAAACUGAAUUUUCAUGGUUUCAGUUCAAAUUUAAUUCAGAAUAAACAGGUUUUGGCUCCUUUGCAUUUAUUUUUCAAUUUCCAUAAUAAACUCAACUUUUAGA